UGUUUUUUUUUUUGUAUCCUCGUUGUUUUUCUCUCUUGAGUGUUUUAUUGAGAGUAAACAGAGUCUUGUCUCUGUGUAUUUUAGUAUUGAUGAUGAGAUGGAUGUGAUGUGCUGUAAAUCAGUAGGAACUGAUCUGUCUAUGCUGGAUAUUGAUGAUUUUAUCACAGAAAUCUCUCAGCUGAAGAAAGAGGUGGCGUUACUGGAGAUAAAGCUGAGGUUAAGAGGAGAUGAAGGACUGAAUAGAGAGGAUGGGGUUUGUUGUGAAUCUUCAGGGUAUGUGACUGUUUGGAGCUCCAGUGAAUGUCUGGAUUCAGUGUGGAUGAGCAGAGAUCAGAGCCGCACACCACAGUCACUGCUGGAUAAACUCUCUGAAGAGACAUCCAGACACACACAGGACUCAGAUCUCAGUCUGUCUUUACUCUCUUAUACUGAGUCAAAGCCCACAGACGCUCAGGACACUACAGUGUGUGACAGUAAACAGAGCUUACAGGAGGAUCAAACCUCCACAGAGUCUCUGGAUUCUGUCUGUAACGCUGGAGAACAGCAGCAGAUCCUGCAGACCACACUGAAGAUGUCUUCAGUUAAACCGAUGGACAGUGGGAACCUGAUGAUGAAGAUGAGUAGAGAAACUACAGCAGAUGAAGAUCACACUGAGGAAGAUGAUGACAAUCAUGAUAAUUUUAUUCCUUCAGAUAAGAUCAGUGAUUCGUGUUUGGAUGGAGAAAUAACGUCUUUAUCGUCAAAAGAGCGACAGAUGGCACAAACUCUUUCCUGCAUCACCGAUGAAGAGACAUUGAGCUCACAGAGACUUUUAGAUAGAAAUGCAGAACAAAAACUCUUGACCUCCACCAGAUCUGAGAUCAGCUUCACUACCUUACAAAAGUCUAAACGUCAUCAUUCAAAAGUGCACAGAGAGAAGAAGAAGAAGAAGCACUUUCACUGUCAGCAAUGUGGGAAGGAUUUUGGCUUCUUAUCUCGGCUAAAAAUUCACGUGAGGACACACAGUGGUGAAAAGCCUUUCUACUGCACUGAAUGUGGCAAAUAUUUCAGCACCAAACAACAUCUUGAUUUUCAUCAGGGAAUUCACACUGGAGAGAAACCAUACGAGUGUCCUCACUGUGAGAAGAGAUUCAACCAAAAACAUUGUCUGAAUAGACAUAUGCGUAUACACACCAAUGAGAGACCGUAUCAGUGCAGUCAAUGUGGAAAAACCUUUAGGGAUUCAGGUGCAUUAAAAUCACACCAGAAUAUUCACUCUGAGGAGAAACGCUAUCAGUGUUCACACUGUGAUAAAGGUUUCAGUCAGAAAUAUAAUCUGAUUAUCCAUGAGAGAAUUCACACUGGAGAAAAACCUUACGUCUGCUCUCACUGUGGAAAGAGCUUCUCUGAUUCAAGUACUUUUAAAGUUCAUCAGAGAGUUCAUACAGGAGAAAAACCAUACAAGUGUCCUCACUGUGAAAAGAGAUUUAGACAAAACCAGAAUCUGAGGACACAUUUGUAUAUACACACCAAUGAAACACCGUAUCAGUGCAGUGAAUGUGACAAAACCUUCAAGGAUUCACGUUCACUAAAAAAACAUCAGAAUAUUCACUCUGAGGAGAAACUCUAUCAGUGUUCACACUGUGAUAAAGGUUUCGGUCUGAAAUAUCUUCUGAUUAUCCAUGAGAGAGUUCACACUGGAGAGAAACCAUACGAGUGUCCUCACUGUGAGAAGAGAUUCAGCCGAAAACAUCAUCUGAAGUCACAUAUGCUUAAACACACCAAUGAAAGACCGUAUCAGUGCAGUCAAUGUGACAAAACGUUUAAGGAUUCACGUUCACUAAAAAGACAUCAGAAUAUUCACUCUGAGGAGAAACUCUAUCAGUGUUCACACUGUGAUAAAGGUUUCUGUCAUAAAUCUAGUCUGAUAAUCCAUGAGAGAGUUCACACUGGACAAAAACCUUACUUCUGCUCUCACUGUGAAAAGAGCUUCACUCAUCCAAGUAGUUUUGAAGCUCAUCAGAGAGUUCAUACAGGAGAGAAACCUUACAUCUGCUCUCAAUGUGGAAAGAGCUUCACUAAUCUAAGUCAUUUUAAAGUUCAUCAGAGAAUUCAUACAGGAGAGAAACCUUACAUCUGCUCUCAAUGUGGAAAGAGCUUCAAUAAUCUAAGUCAUUUUAAAGUUCAUCUGAGAAUUCAUACAGGAGAGAAACCUUACGUCUGCUCUCACUGUGGUAAGAGAUUUAAAAAUUCAACUGAGCUCAGAGUUCAUCAGAGAGUUCACACUGGAGAGAAACCUCAUCACUGUACUGUUUGUGGAAAGAGUUUUAGUUAUCGUCAAAGUUUAGUGAGACACCUGAGAACUCAUACAGGUGAAAAACCUUACAAAUGUUCCCAGUGUGAGAAGACUUUUACUAACCCAGAUUCCUUAAAAGCCCAUUUGAGAGUUCAUACGAAAACCCCCGCCUUCGCUAACCUCGCCAUGGAAGAACGAAAAGGCUGCAGGUCUCAGUUGUUAUUACCUGGCCUAUGCUGUGAGCGAGCUCUGGAUGUGCAGUAUUACUGUGGAGAGAGAGAAAGAGAACGAGGAAACCCUACCUGCACCGUACUUACUGUACGUUGUCCCAAGUGGAGAGUUUGUGUAUCCUCGUUGUUUUUCUCUCUAGAGUGGUUUAUUGAGAGUAAACAAAGUUUUGUCUCUGUGUAUUUUAGUGUUGAUGAUGAGAUGGAUGUGAUGUGCUGUAAAUCAGUAGGAACUGAUCUGUCUAUGCUGGAUAUUGAUGAUUUCGUCAAAGAAAUCUCUCAGCUGAAGAAAGAGGUGGCGUUACUGGAGAUAAAGCUGAGGUUAAGAGGAGAAGGACUGAAUAGAGAGGAUGGGGUUUGUUGUGAAUCUUCAGGGUAUGUGACUGUUUGGAGCUCCAGUGAAUGCCUGGAUUCAGUGUGGAUGAGCAGAGAUCAGAGCCGCACACCACAGUCACUGCUGGAUAAACUCUCUGAAGAGACAUCCAGACACACACAGGACUCAGAUCUCAGUCUGUCUUUAUUCUCUUAUACUGAGUCAAAGCCCACAGACACUCAGGACACUACAGUGUGUGACAGUAAACAGAGCUUACAGGAGGAUCAAACCUCCACAGAGUCUCUGGAUUCUGUCUGUAACGCUGGAGAACAGCAGCAGAUCCUGCAGACCAAACUCAAGAUGUGUUCAGUUAAUCCGAUGGACAGCGGGAACCUGAUGAUGAAGAUGAGAAGAGAAACUACAGCAGAUGAAGAUCACACUGAGGAAGAUGAUGACAAUCAUGAUGAUUUUAUUCCUUCAGAUAAGAUCAGUGAUUCGUGUUUGGAUGGAGAAAUAACGUCUUUAUCAUCAAAAGAGCGACAGAUGGCACAAACUCUUUCCUGCAUCACCGAUGAAGAGACAUUGAGCUCACAGAGACAUUUAGAUAGAAUUGCAGAACAAAAACUCUUGACCUCCACCAGAUCUGAGAUCAGCUUCACUACCUUACAAAAAUAUAAACGUCAUCAUUCAAAAGUGCACAGAGAGAAGAAGAAGCAGUUUCACUGUCAGCAGUGUGGGAAGGAUUUUGGCUACUUAUAUCAGCUAAAAGUUCACAUGAGGACACACAGUGGUGAAAAGCCUUUCUACUGCACUGAAUGUGGCAAAUAUUUCAGCACCAAAAAAAGUCUUGAUAUUCAUCAGAGAAUUCACACUGGAGAAAAACCUUACGUCUGCUCUCAAUGUGGAAAGAGCUUCUCUGAUUCAAGUAGUUUUAGAGUUCAUCGGAGAAUUCAUACAGGAGAGAAACCAUACGAGUGUCCUAACUGUGAGAAGAGAUUCAGCCAAAAACCUCAUCUACAGAAACAUGUGCGUAUACACACCAAUGAGAAAACGUAUCAGUGCAGUCAAUGUGGAAAAACCUUUAGGGAUUCAGGUUCAUUAAAAUCACAUCAGAAUAUUCACUCUGAGGAGAAACGCUAUCAGUGUUCACACUGUGAUAAAGGUUUCUGUCAGAAAUAUCUUCUGAUUAUCCAUGAGAGAGUUCACACUGGAGAAAAACCUUACGUCUGCCCUCACUGUGGAAAGAGCUUCUCUGAUUCAAGUCAUGUUAGAGUUCAUCAGAGAAUUCAUACAGGAGAGAAACCAUACGAGUGUCCUCACUGUGAAAAGAGCUUCUCUGAUUCAAGUACUUUUAAAGUUCAUCAGAGAAUUCACACAGGAGAGAAACCAUACAAGUGUCCUCACUGUGAAAAGAGAUUCAGACAAAACUAUCAUCUGAAGUCACAUAUGCUUAUACACACCAAUGAAAGACCGUAUCAGUGCAGUAAAUGUGACAAAACCUUUAAGGAUUCACGUUCACUAAAAAAACAUCAGAAUAUUCACUCUGAGGAGAAACGCUAUCAGUGUUCACACUGUGAUAAAGGUUUCGGUCAGAAAUCUAGUCUGAUAAUCCAUGAGAGAGUUCACACUGGAGAAAAACCUUACGUCUGCUCUCACUGUGGAAAGAGCUUCUCUGAUUCAGGUACUUUUAAAGUUCAUCAGAGAGUUCAUACAGGAGAGAAACCAUACGAGUGUCCUCACUGUGAGAAGAAAUUCAGCCAAAAACCUAAUUUACAGACACAUAUGCGUAUACACACCAAUGAGAAACCGUAUCAGUGCAGUCAAAGUGGAAAAAAAUUUAGGGAUUCAGUUUCAUUAAAAUCACACCAGAAUAUUCACUCUGAGGAGAAACGCUAUCAGUGUUCACACUGUGAUAAAGGUUCCGGUCAGAAAUCGAAUCUGAUUAUCCAUGAGAGAGUUCACACUGGAGAAAAACCUUACGUCUGCUCUCAAUGUGAAAAGAGCUUCCCUCAUCCAAGUACUUUUAAAGCUCAUCAGAGAAUUCAUACAGGAGAGAAACCUCAAUCACUGUACUGUUUGUGGGAAGAGUUUCAGCAAAAAAUGUAAUCUAAAGAAACAUGUGCGUAUACACACCAAUGAGAAACCAUAUCAGGUUUUAGUGAGACACCAAAGAACUCAUACAGGUGAAAAACCGUUACAAAUGUUCUCAGUGUGAGAAGACGUUUACUAAGCCAGAUUCCUUAAAAGCCCAUUUGAGUGUUCAUACGUGAGAGAAACCUUACGGGCCCUAUCAUACAUCCAGCUCAAUGUGCGACACAAGUGUCUUUCGCUAGUUUCAACCUGGCGAAAUUAUCAUUUUCACGUUUAGCUAGCACCAAGUUGUUUAAAUAGCAAAUGCAUCUGUGCCCAAUUUUGCACACAUGAGCGUUCAGGCGCAUUCUUGGUGCGUUGCUAUUUUGAGGCAACUAAAAUAGACUCUGCCAUUGACCAACUAAAACCUGCUCUAAAGUCAAUGACACAAUAUUGUUUUUGUUAUUUAAUGAGCGUGUUAGUAAUACGGGACGACAGUGCGCGUUUGCUUAUCACACACAUGGAUGCGCAGCAGAACACAACCCUUUUAUAAUAUGAAAAGUUAAAUGAUUAAAAUGUAAAAGAUUAUUAUUGAGUCUCUUGGACUUAAAUGAGGACCGAUUAUGAGACGUUAGAAGGUGUAAAGAGCUGCUUGACCUGUAGCCUGGUAAGAAAUUGUUUUGCUUUAAACAAAUGCUUCUGUUUUUAAAUGCUACCUCACGAAUUUGUACCUGUGGAUAUGGUGAGAUGAGAAACAUUUUUAAUGCUUUAAAAAAAACAUGGCGCUGUCUGAGUGCUGAAACGGCUCUCUGCACGUUUGUAAAUUCUUUAUCUACUGUUUGUU